AUACAUACAAGACAAUAGCAUAAAAAACAAAUAAAGAAUUUACUAUUGGUUCUCUAUCAACAAAUCAUCAAUAACUUCUUCCAAUAUUGAUAUUUGAUUUGUGGUUGAUAUAAACAUAGAUCAAAUCUCAAAUAUAUACUUUUAAGUGGGAUUUUAUAACAUUAAAGAAAGGGUUGAAUAAUUGUAAAAUAGAGAAUAAUAAAUGAUAAGAGAUGAUAUUAGAAUGAAUAGAAGUUAGAGGACCAAAUUAAUAAACAAUUGAGAAUAGAAGGAGUAAAAACACCAUUAACUUUGGUGGCUUUACGCGUCAAGUUUCCAACUUUAUAACAACCGUUGGUCAAAAUAUCAAUUGGGUUGGCCCACGAACUUUUGGCGGUCCAGAUUAUACUGUCAGGUAAGUGAAAAUGUACUUCUUUGCCUGCAUUAGCUAAUCCCUCAAGGACUCAGCACUUACAGUUAACCAUGGCUGCAAUUGGGUCUUUCAGCCUGCUCAGGAAUUGUGCAGUAACUACAAGGGCAUUCUCAAAUGUGAGAGUCUCACCAAGGGCAACCUCUAGUUUCAAUUCAAUUAAGUUCCUUCAUCCUCACCAUUCUCAAAGAUCUCUGUUUUGCACUAAUGCUAUACAUGAUGAAGAGGCUUCUGCAAAAGCAGCUGCAGCCAGUGCCGACAGUGGAGCUCCAACCAUUUUUGACAAGAUCAUAGCAAAGGAAAUUCCUUCAUCCAUUGUAUACGAGGAUGAAAAGGUCCUAGCUUUCAGGGACAUCAACCCUCAGGCUCCUGUUCAUGUUUUGGUCAUUCCAAAGGCCAGGGAUGGAUUGACAACGCUUGGGAAGGCAGAAGCCAGACAUGGAGAGGUGUUGGGGCAACUUCUCUACGCUGCAAGAAUAGUGGCUGAAAAGGAAGGCAUCCUCGAUGGAUUUCGUGUUGUUAUCAACAAUGGUCCUGGUGCCUGUCAAUCUGUCUAUCAUCUCCACUUGCAUGUCCUGGGUGGAAGACAAAUGAAAUGGCCGCCCGGUUAAAGAUUUGAAUAAACUCCUCUUGAAGCUUGAUUGCACCGUCUUGUUCCCCAUACCCUCACUUUCUUGACUUAUUUUUAUAUUUGAUCUGAAUAUUUGUUAUAGUUGUCACCUGGGACUUAUGAACACCUUACAAAUGGAGAUUUUUUUCCAUCCUCUGUAAUCUCUAAGACUUCACCUAGGAAUCAUCAUGUUUUUGCUUUCUAUUUGCCAGCCAAAGUGCUAAACAAAACCGAUUAGUUUA